AUGGACACAACACCUGUGCCAGCAAAAGAGUCAGAGAUCAAGGUUGAGAGCAAAGGCAAUGACACGACUCAUGUCACUCCCACUGCUGACCUCGACUUCGAGGAAGGCCAUGCGCCAAUCCUCUACUCGAAGCGCUCCAUUUUCUUCAUGGUCCUCUUUUCGGGUCUGGCAAUUGGAAGCGAUGCGUACAAUAGCGCACUGAUGGGACAGUUGCUUCUGCUCCUCACAGCACUGUACCCGGAAAGUCUCAGCAUUGCAACCCAGUCUCAGCUAACGAAUGCCUUCAUCAUCGGCCUGAUUCUUGGUAUGUUGGGAUUUGGCUUUAUUAGUGAUCGACUGGGUCGUAAAUCCGGAGCCGUGCUGACGACUCUCUUCCUCUCCGUCGGUAUCAUCAUGACGGCCGUGGCACAUGGUACCAGCGAUAGCGGCCUCUUCUGGAUGCUCACUGUCAGUCGAGGCAUUGCUGGUUUUGGUGCUGGUGGCGAAUAUCCAGUGGCGGGAGCUGGUACGGCAGAGUCUACGGAUGACUCUCCGCGAGCGCGAAAGCACCGUGGCUUCAUCUUUGCCAUGGUUGCAGACGUCUCCGCGUCCCUGGGUUUUGUGUUCUCUGGUCUUGUCCCACUCCUCCUGCUUCUCUGCUUUCACGAGCGCGAAGCACACUACGAGAAGAUCUGGCGCAUUGCAUUUGCUCUUGGUGUAAUCCCUCCCAUCUCAAUCUUCUGGUUCCGCUGGCGAAUGGCCAUGUCUUCAGCCGAGCGUCGCAGUAGUGCACGUAAUACCAUCCUGCCCUACCACCUCGCCAUCAAGCGGUAUUGGCGCCCGCUCCUCGGCUCAGCAGCUGCGUGGUUUAUUUACAACUACAUCGCCUACCCUUUCGGCCUCUUCAGUUCCACAAUCUCCGCAUCCGUCAAUGCUGGCGACUCCCUCGUCAAGUCCUACGGCUGGGGCACCCUCAUCAACUGCUUCUACCUGCCCGGUGGAUUCAUCGGCGGCUACCUAUCUGACAAGAUCGGCCGCAGAAAGACGAUGGCACUGGGCUUCGGGCUGCAGGCCUGUCUCGGAUUCAUCCUCGGCGGGUGUCUGAAGUACAUCCAAAACAUCACCCCGCUGUUCAUCGUCCUCUACGGCCUCUUCCUUACCCUCGGCGAAGUCGGCCCCGGCGCGACCAUCGUCGCGACCUCGUCAGAGUUCUUCCCCACCAGCAUCCGAGGGCAGAUGCUGGGCCUCUGCGCCGCGUUCAGCAAAGCCGGCGCCGCCAUCGGCACCAGCGUCUUCAAGCCCAUCCUCGCGUCCUACGGCGACGACACCGUGCGCGGCAACCAGGCCGUCUUCCUCAUCGGCUCCGGCUUCGCCGUCAUGGGCAUGCUGGUCGCGUGGUUCUUCAUCCCCGCGGAGCCACCCAAUCUCGCCGAGGAAGACGAGAACUGGAAGAUCUAUCUGCAGGACGCCGGGUACGAGAUCCAGUGGGGCGACGACGUGGCACAGGACCCGAAGCGGGUUGUGUUUGAUGCCGUGCGGGACAAGACGGUCGACUGA